GUGAGGUUACUUGCAUAAGAGCCUGAACGUAUUCCAUUCGUAUAUCGCUUUCAGAAUGAGUAAACGUACGAGGUUGAUUUAACAGUUAGUGCAGAAUCGGAAAAAUGAAGGGAUCUCAGACCGACCCUUACACCUACAGGCCUAUAGCUCUGCUUUCUGUUUUAAGUAAGGUGAUGGAGAGGUCCAUAAAUCACGAGCAUCUGGACUACCUCGAACGCACCAGGCAGUAUGGUUUCCGGCACCAACGAUCCACAGGGGAUCUCCUAGCUUACGUCACUCUAUUGUGUCAGUCUUAUGAUGAGGCUCAUGUCCUGUGGCACGCUGCCCUCUUAAGCAAACUUCGAUUCUAUGGCCUCCCAGAAAAGGUUUGCAGAUGGGUGGCUGACUUUAUCUCUGGCCGUAAGAUAUCCGUCGUAAUUGACGGGUUCUCCUCUUCAUCCCACAACGUCAACGCGGGUGUUCCCCAGGGAUCGGUCUUGGCUCCGACACUGUUUCUCUUACAUAUCAACAACCUCCUUUCCUGCGCGAUCAACCCAAUCCACAGCUUCGCUGAUGACAGCACUAUACAUGCAGGAAUUCAGAGUGACAAGCCGAUAUCUGCCGCUGAGUUGGAAAAAAGAAGACUAGCGAUGACUUCCUCUCUGACAAGAGACCUGGAGGGUAUCACUGCUUGGGGACGCAACAAUCUUGUACAGUUCAAUGCUUCCAAAACGCAUUCUGCCAAAGAGCCAUUCAUUUCGGCUGCUGCUGGGAAAAAGCUAGGCUAUUUGUUUAGGGCUAAGAAGUACUUUUCUCCGCAUGACCUUCUUACUCUAUACACGGCCCAGAUAAGGCCUAGCCUCGAGUAUUGCUCACACAGGAGGGCGGUCCGACUGAUCGAUGACUCUUCUCUAACAGACAGUCUCGGGAUUCUUUCGCACCGGCGGGCUGUCGGCGAUCUAGCUCUUUUCUACCGUUACACCAACGGGCUUUGCUCCUCAGAGCUCUCUUCCAUGAUGCCGUCGCGCGAUGUGCCUGCCAGACAGACCCGCAUGACUUUGGCGUCCCAUCCUAACCGUGUCGAACUUCUUACAUCCAGAACCGGCCGAUACGACCGCUCCUUUGUCCCGAGGGAAGCUUUUCCCAGUUCUAUUAACCUUAGGCAGUUCAAAAAUCUUAUUAAUAAAAUUUCUUUGGGAUCAUCAUAG